AUGGAACCAGGGAACAAUACACAGAAUUUUGAAUUUCUUCUUCUCAGAUUCUCAGAAGCACCAGAACUCCAGCCCCUCAUAUUUUGGAUUUUCCUCUCCAUGUACCUGAUAACUGUUUUUGGAAACCUGGUGAUCAUCCUGGCUGUGUGCUCAGACCCUCAAUUCCACACCCCCAUGUACUUCUUCCUCUCCAACCUGUCCUUUGUAGACAUCUGUCUCACCUCCACCACGAUCCCAAAGAUGCUGAUGAAUAUUCAGACUGAGAGCAAAGCCAUAACCUAUGAAGGCUGCAUCACCCAGAUGUAUUUUUACAUACUUUUUGCAGCAUUAGAUGACUUCCUGCUGACUGUGAUGGCCUAUGACCGGUUUGUGGCCAUCUGCUACCCCCUGCACUACAUGGUCAUCAUGAGUCCUCGGCUCUGUGGACGCCUAUGUCUGGUAUCCUGGGUAGUGAGUGCCAUGUAUUCCUUGUUACACAGCUUAAUGGUGUUUCGAUUAUCCUUCUGUCCAGAUUUGGAAAUUCCCCACUUUUUCUGUGAACUCUAUCAGGUGAUACAACUUGCCAGUUCUGAUACCUUUCUUAAUAACAUGAUGAUCUAUCUUGCAACUUUCCUACUGGGUGUCGGUCCUUUUGCUGGGAUCGUUUACUCUUACUCUAAAAUAGUUUCCUGCAUAUGUAGAAUCUCAUCUGCGCAGGGGAAGUCUAAAGCAUUCUCCACCUGUGCAUCUCACCUCUCAGUUGUCUCCUUGUUUUAUUGUACAAGCCUAGGAUUGUACCUUAGCUCUGCUGCUACCCACAGCUCACACUCAAGUGCAAUAGCCUCCGUGAUGUACACUGUGGUCACACCUAUGUUGAACCCCUUCAUCUAUAGUUUGAGGAACAGCAACAUAAAGCGGGCUGUGAAGAGCUUUUACUUAAAGCCAUGUUAA